AAACGGCACGUGCGUUUCGCACAAAUCCAGUUAUUAAAAUAAACGCAAAAUACACAUUUUUACAUAUCAAAUGCACCUGAACCUCAAAUUUAUCUCCUAUAUUUUUAAAACUAAAAAAAAUAGCUGUUUCGUUAGCUGUUUGAUCCUAAAUUGACCGACUGAAAUAUCCUUCAGCCAUUUUUUCUAUUUCAGAAAAAAAACUUACAUUUAUUAAAAUUUGAUUUUAUUAAAAUCAAUCUGGUUAUAACUAACAUUAAACCAUGGAAGGAGAUGUUAAGUUCAGCCAUCAAUCGGAUUACAGCCAGCCUUCAUUAUCGACCCAAAUUGCAACCCAAAAGCUGCCACAAGUCCUGUUUUCUGGCAAUGAUGGAGACGACGACUAUAAUGGUAUGAAUGUGUACUACGGCGCCAGACAUACUUUGAAUGAUGAUGAUGACGCGUCAUCUGAUGUCAGCAGCAUUCCAGGAGCCUGCCAUCCGGUUCUGAAGAGUACAGCGACUGGAGUGUUGCGGUCAAAAGACUAUGCUGACCAGCUGCAGCUGAUUCUCGAGCAGUUCCAACAGACCUCGUCUUCGUCAGGGGGUCCGACUCAACAUCAGCAUCAUCAACAUGGUGCGUCCAAUACUGCGGAUGAUGCUGAAACGCAUGCUCACUCUGUGUUGACUGAGAUUGCCUCAAUUAUGAAGAAACUGGAACAGGACAAACAUCAGAUCAAAGAGGAUUUAGAACGGGAAAGAUCACAAGUACAAAGACUUCAAAAACGGCUGGACGACUUUGUUGAGAAGCGACUGAAGGAACUUCCAUUUGCAGUGCAACGGGAACACGAAGCCUGCUCUGUGGACAUCGUCGAACUACAAUGGCAUGUCGCAUUCAAACGCCGACAGGAAACCCGUAUCAAAGCGAAACUCCAGCUAGCUCAAACACUCAAUGAAAAACUCAAAACUGAAUUAUCUUACGUUCAAGAUACAGACCCUAAGUUGAGCCAAAAACUACAAUUGGAAAACCAAGUCAUAGUGAAUUUACUCCAAGCACAUAACACAACAGCAACUGAAUUAAUGAAGACGUUGAAAGAUCAAGAAAAGAGCGAGCAAGAUUCAGAUAAAGCCGAAGCAAAAGCCGACAAAGAGAGAGUUUACUUGAAAAAGGAAAUAGACGGGGUGAAAAAGAUGUUGCAAAAGGCGCGAGACGACUUAAGCGAAGCGGAGAAACUUCAUGCACGCUACAUCAAAAAUAUCGAAGAUACAAAAGGUGCUAUUAGUGACACAGUGGAAGCGGUUGAUGAGCAGAUUGAGAAAUUGGAGAGGAUCAAAGAGAUCGAGAAGAUGCAAGAGGCCAAAGUGAGGGACUUGGAGGAGAAGUUGGAAGAGGCGGAGAAAGACAACAGGAAGUUGACAGCCGAACGAGAUUCGACACUGAAAGAAUCCGAAGACGCGCAGAACAAACGAGAACAAGAAAAAGCGACUCUCGAAGCAUACAUCGUCAACAAUGAACGACGCCAACGCCAACUCAAAACCGAAAGCAGAGACAUCAGAUUCGAAAACCAAGACUUAGAAAACCAAAUACAGGAGAACAAAAUUGCCCGUGACGCUGAUAGUAAAAAUAUGGAGCGACUUUACAAGGAAAUCGAGAAAACGGAAGCCGAACGAGAUAAAAUUCGAGACUUAUUUUUCGAAUUGGAUCUUAAUAACAAAACAUUGACUCAAAAAUACGCCGAAAUUGAAGAAAAGUCGAAAGAGCGUGAACAAAUUUUAGACGAGCAAGUUGAAAGUUUAAACGCGCAAGUUCGAGACGAGGUUUCAAAACGCGGACAAAUUCAAACAAAUAUCAACGCUGAAAAAAACAAUUUGGUAAAUUUGGAACUUGAUCUGAAAAAACAGGAGGAAAGAAUGGAAAAGAAAGCGGAAGAGGUCGAGGCUGCAGUUAACAAGGUCACGGGUCAAGUGGAAAAAAUGCGUGAAACAAAUGAAGUUCGACAAAAACAACUUCAGACUCUAAAAGACGCUUUGGAAGAAUUGCAGAAAAAACACCACGAGAUGGAAACAAAACUAACCGAUAAAAAAUCAAAACUGAAACCAAAACUGGAAAAACUGAAAGCCGAGGAUUUGGAGGUCAGUAAACAACUUGAUCAAAUGGAAUACGCGACUGAAAAACUGACCGGAGAACUCCGAGAAAUGAAAUUAGGUUCAAUUCACUUGAACAAAGUUAUGAGAAAUACUAAAAAUAGUAUCGAAGACUUGACUGUUGAACUUGCAGAAACGAGUAUCAAAAUCACCGAAAAAAAGAGAAUCAUCAAAGAUUUAGAACAAUCACUCGCCGAUAUGUCAGAUCGACUUAAAGAAUGCAAAGAUGAUUUCAAAUCACUGCACAAAGAUCGCAAAAACUUCCACAUAAGAAUGCAAAUUGAGCUAGAAAACCGUGUAAAGGAAAACGAAAAUUUAGCCGACGAAUAUUACGCUCAGAAGCAACAACUCUUCGCGAUGAAAACGGAUUAUAACUCUGUUUAUCAACAACAAGUUGAAUUUGAACAAGUUCUAAGAUGUCUCCGUCAAGUUGAGUUCUUGCAAGAGAGGUUCAUAAGAAACCUGAAAGAAUUCUUCAAGUAUCGAAAUUUGUUCUACUGCGCUGAAAUUGAAGACAUAAAACGUGAACAAAACAUCACCGAAGAUAAACUUCAAGAAGUCAGGGUAGAAAUGGAGCUGGCACUGGGAAAAAUGUCCAAAUUCCUAGCUGGAAUGAUGCAAGGAUCUAUAAUUGACGAGUUAAAGCAUGAAGAGUUGGAGAAAAUUGAGUCUAAGGAGAAUUCUGAUUUGGGUACCAUUGAUGAAGGGAACGAAGACGAAAGCAUCAAAGACGGCGGAACUAUUUUCAUCACUCAAGCAGAUGCAUUCAGUACGCCUCAAACUCUGAGUCACUUCAAAAUCUUACCGCCAAUUAACAAUGGACUGAAAAGUGAUGAACAACCUAUGCCAGUUUGCUAAAUUUAUAAGUUUUCUUAAAAAAAAAACAGAUCAAUCAAAUUAUUCUAUAAUUUCCGAAAUAUAAU